AUGGAGUUUCUGAAACCGGCCUGGUAUCACGAGUUCUUGUUCCUCGGGGCUCUGUCUGCUCUGUCGGCCUUCCGCGAGUCCUAUUUGCAGACGAUAGCUCGGUACCUCCUCACUGUCGCAGUCGCAAGACACCUCGCCAAGGGCGUCUAUAAUGUCUUCAUUUAUCCCUACUUCUUCUCGCCUCUGAGACAUAUUCCUGGACCCAAGGACCACCACUUCCUGCUUGGCGACCUCAUCAACCAAGCGCGUUCCGGGAACCCCAUUGAGCCGUACCUGUCUUGGACGAGAAGAUGGCCCAAUGAGCCUUUUAUCAAGUUUACCGGCUUUGGAAACGCCGACUGUCUGCUCAUCAACAGUCUCGAAGCCUACAAGGAGAUCUUCCAGACGAAGAGCUACUCCUUUGUCAAAGCGCAAUUCAACACCAGAGUCAUCGUCCAGGUCACGGGAACCGGCAUGGCCUUUUCAGAGGGCGAUGCGCACAAGUCCCAGAGGAAGUUGCUAUCACCCCAAUUCGCUCUCAGCAACGUCAAGAGAGCAAUCCCGCUCUUCCAGAGCAAGGGAAAGGAGCUUAUCGAGCACUUCCACCACCAGAUCAAGGCCAAAGACGGCGUCACAGAUGUGUCCUCUGCAUACGGCCGUGUCACACUCGACAUUGUUGCGUGGUUCACCCUCGGAAUCGACCUUGGCAGCACCCUGUCGACGUCGCUGUUCCAUGAGGCCUACCACAAGAUGUUUGACCCCUCGGCUUUUGGUGCGUUCCUGAUGGUCAUGAACGCCUACAUCCCGGGAACCCGGGCGCUUCCCUUCGAAGAGAACCGGGAGUUCAACGCCUGUAGCAAGAACGUCCGCACGAGACUGACGGAAAUCAUCCGGGAGCGGAUCAAGGAGAUCGACUCGGGCUCAAUUGACCUCAGCGAGAAGCCCGAUCUGCUGACUCACAUGAUCCUCGAGUCGCGAGCCAUCGGCGACCCGUGGUCCGAGAACAAGAUCCUCGAGAACUCGAUGAACGUCAUGGUUGCAGGGCACGAGACCUCGGCCACGACCCUGACCUGGGCAACGCACACCUUCACUCUCUACCCGCACAUCCAGGAACGGGCCAGGAACGAGGUCCUCGACCUGCUGGCGAGGAAGCCCAAUCCCGACUACGUGGACCUGGACAGCCUGCACUACAUCGACAACAUCAUCAAGGAGACGCUCCGGUUCUACGCUCCCGGCGUCCUGGCGGCGAGGGAGCCGAUCAACGACAUCGACGUCUGCGGGACAGUCCUGCCCAAGGGAACCCUCUGCUACCUCUUCCCGGCCCUCGUCACGCGCAGCAGCCGCAUCUGGGGCGGCGACGUGGACGAGUUCAACCCGGACCGCUGGGACCGCCUCACCGGCGAGGCCGCCAACCCGCACGCCUUCGCCACGUUCCUGGUCGGGCCCCGCCAGUGCAUCGGCAAGGUCUUUGCGCUGUUGGAGAUCAAGGUCCUUCUGGUAGAGAUGCUGAGCAACUUCAAGUUCGAGGCCGCCGUGGAUCCCAAGGACAUUGUGCUCGUGAACCCCAGCCCUGUGCUGAGGCCGCAGGGAGGUUUGAAAGUCAAGAUUCUCCCCUUCAAGGCAAACGACGUCUAG